GCCCUGCGGCUGGCGGAGGCGCGGGGGCGGUGCUCCCGCCGGCAGCCGGGACUUCCUGUGACGGCCCGUUUCGUGGUCGGAUGGGGCCGGCGGGGGGCGGCGGCGGGGUCGGUCCCUGCCCGCGUCCCGCUGCUCCCUGACGGGCUCGGUGGCCGUCGGUGACGCCGCCAGGCAGCGAUGCGGGCCCCGGGCCCUGGCGGCAGCCGGCCCCCGCCGUGAGCCAGCCGGUGGGGCUGCGCACGCCGGCCCCGCGGGGCGCAUGGAGGCUCCCGCCGCCCGCUGCGAGGUGUGAGUCCCCCGAGGACAGCGCGGCGCGGCCCCGCCAGGAGGGCGGCCCCGGGGCCCCUCAGCAGAGCCGGGAGGGGCUCGGCACUGACACCGGCAUCGCCCCCAGCGCCGGAGCCGCCGCCUCUGAGACAUGAAGAAGUUCUUUGACUCGCGCCGGGAGCAGGGCGGCUCCGGGCCCGGGUCGGGCACCAGCGGCGGCGGCGGCGGCAGCAGCGGCCCGGGCAGCGGCUACAUCGGCCGGGUCUUCAGCAUCGGCCGGCACCAGGUCACGGUGGACGAGGUGCUGGCGGAAGGUGGCUUUGCAAUAGUGUUUCUGGUGAGGACGAGCAAUGGGGUGAAGUGUGCCCUGAAGAGGAUGUACGUCAAUAACGAGUACGACCUGCAGGUCUGCAAGAGGGAAAUCCAGAUCAUGCGGGACCUGUCUGGCCACAAGAACAUCGUCGGGUACAUUGACUCCAGCAUCAACUCUGUGAGCAGCGGGGAUGUGUGGGAGGUGCUGAUCCUCAUGGACUUCUGUCGGGGAGGGCAGGUGGUGAACCUGAUGAACCAGCGCCUGCAGACCGGCUUCUCCGAGAACGAGGUCCUGCAGAUCUUCUGCGACACCUGCGAGGCCGUGGCCAGGCUGCACCAGUGCAAGACCCCCAUCAUCCACAGGGACCUGAAGGUUGAAAACAUCCUGCUGCACGACCGUGGCCACUAUGUCCUGUGUGACUUCGGGAGUGCCACCAACAAAUUCCAGAACCCCCAGACGGAGGGGGUGAACGCGGUCGAGGAGGAGAUCAAAAAGUACACUACGUUAUCCUACAGAGCACCAGAGAUGGUCAACCUGUACAGUGGCAAACUAAUCACCACAAAAGCAGACAUAUGGGCCCUUGGCUGUUUGCUGUACAAGCUGUGCUACUUCACCCUGCCCUUUGGGGAGAGCCAGGUGGCCAUUUGUGACGGCACCUUCACCAUCCCGGACAACUCGCGGCACUCGCAGGACAUGCACUGCCUCAUCCGGUAUAUGCUUGAGCCAGACCCUGAUAAGAGACCUGACAUUUAUCAGGUCUCCUACUUUGCAUUCAGACUGGCAAAGAAGGAGUGCCCAGUGCAGAACGUCCAGAACUCUCCAAUCCCUGCUAAACUCCCAGACCCGGUUAAAGCAAGUGAAGCUGCUGCAAAGAAGAGUCAGCCCAAGGCCAGGCUCACAGAUCCCAUCCCCACGACAGAAACGUCCAUAGCCCCCCGGCAGAGACCUAAAGCAGGGCAGACCCAGCCCAACCCUGGGAUCCUGCCCAUCCAGCCAGCCCUGACGCCCAGGAAGAGGCCCACGGCCCCGGCAGCCCUUCAGCCCCAAGCUGCAGGCCCAGCUGCCCUGGGCAGUGCCCAGCCUUCGCUCCCUGCCAGUACCCCCCAGCCCAAAGCAGCCCCCCAGCAGCCCCCGGCCCAGCCCCAGGCCAAGGCAGCGCCAGCCCCGGCCCCGCAGGCACAGCCCCAGGUCCCCUCAACACAGCCCCAGGCCACCCCUCAGCAUCAGCAGCAGCUUUUCCUGAAGCAGCAGCUCCUGCAGCAGCAGCAGCAGCAACAAGCUGCCUACUACCAGCAGCAGCAGCAGAUGAUGCAGGCGCAGCAGUUCCCAGGGAUGCAGCAAGGAGCCCCUGCACAGCAGCAGCUCAUGCAGAACUACUACCAGCAGCAGCAGCAGCAGCAGCUGAUGGCCCAGCAGGCAGCCAUGCAGCAGAAGACAGUGGCAGCAGCUCAGCAGAAACAACAGAGCCCGGCCCAGCCCCAGGCCCAGCCCAGCACGGCCCAGCCUGCACAGCCACAGGAGCAGGCCCAGGCGCAGCUGAGGCAGCAGCAGCAGGCUCAGAGCAGCCCGUCUCCCACGGCCCAGGGGCAGAAGCCGGGCUCCCUGACCCCGCCGUCGUCGCCCAAGGCGCAGCGCGCGGGGCACCGCCGCAUCCUCAGCGACGUCACCCACAGCGCCGUGUUCGGCGUCCCCGCCAGCAAGUCCACCCAGCUCCUGCAGGCAGCGGCCGCCGAGGCCAGCCUCAACAAGUCCAAAUCUGCUUCCACCACGCCCUCGGGCUCCCCAAGGACCUCUCAGCAGAAUGUCUACAACCCGCCCGACGUGUCCACAUGGAACCCAUUUGAUGAUGAUAACUUCUCCAAGCUCACAGCUGAGGAGCUGCUGAACAAGGACUUUGCAAAGCUGGGUGAUGGGAAAGCUCCAGAAAAGGUGGGCAGUUCCACAGAGAACCUGAUUCCAGGUUUCCAGCCGGCUUCGUCUGCAGCCCAGGCAGACGCGUUCGGGGGCUCCUCCUUCACCGCCGGGUCAGCUGAAAAAACAAAAGACAUUCUGAGUUUGGACUCUAGCCCUCCUCUUCUGACUGUGCCUGAUCCUUUCAUUCCUCUCCCGUUAUCCGACACGCCAGAAAAACUGAUUGAGGGACUCAAAUCUCCUGAGCCUGCACUGCUGCUCCCCGACCUGCUGCCCCUCGCUGACCCCUUCGGCAGCACGGCCGACGCUGGCAAUGGCAAACCCGACGUGGCAGUGGAGAGCCUGAUCCCUGGGCUGGAGGCGCCGCUGCCCCAGCGCCUCGUGUCCCACAGCGAGUCGGUCGCCUCCACCAGAACAGACUCUCUCACUGGGGAAGACUCUCUGCUUGACUGUUCUCUGCUCUCUAACCCUGCUGCUGAUAUCCUGGAUGAGUUUGCUCCUGUAGCUUUUGCAGCUCAGCCUCACAAAGGUCUGCAGAGGGAUCCAGGCGUGUUCCCAGCUGUAGCUCUUGAGCUCUGUAAAGGAGAUUCUGGCAGUGACGGACUCACUUUGUACAAGGGUCAGUCCAAGAUGCUGGAGGUGAAAGUGCAGCACAACUCGGAGUCGGAAUAUUUAGCCAGAGAUGGUCCUUCAAGCAACAGCUCCUUCUACAGCAGUGAAGGAGAGGGGACAGACCAUGAGGGAGAUAUUCUGGAUUGCAGCGGGUCCAGGCCUUUACUGAUGGAUUCGGAAGAGGAAGAGGAGACGUGCAAGCUCUGCCCAGGGUUCCUGCAGCCUGUGCCCAGGGAGAGGCACGAGGCCUCCAAGGGAGAUCCCCACUCCCAGUCCAGAGCAGGGGAGAUGCUGUUCCCAGCCUUCCAGUCGCACACCGGGGAGGCUUUUAACGAACCGGAUGUUUUUGCCACGGCUCCUUUCCGAAGCUCCAGGAAAGUGCCGGAUGAGGGGGAUGUCUUUACCAAAGCUCCUUUUCUCUCCAAGGGCAGUGCGGCUCUGCGACAUCCAGAAGAAGCAGAUGUGUUUCUGAGAGCCCCUUUCACUAAGAAGAAAAGCAUGGAAGAGUUGACUUCCCAUAAGGAGCCGUUCCCAGCACCUGUUUUCCUCAGCCAAGGGGGCGAUGGCCGAGCUCUCCCGCUGUUCCCCAGCCUGGAUUCGGCGGCUCACGGGGUCGCGGCCUCGGCGAGGUCUCAGUAUCCUCCUGCCGGGUUCCCUCAGCCAGGCAGCCUCCAUCCCUGCUCCGGGAGAGCCGUGGAGGCCCAGGAGAGCGCCCCUGCUAAAGGAGGGCUGCCGGAGCAGGGGGACGUGGCUGGGGAGAGGAGCCCAGGCCCCGCGCUGCCCCUGGACGCCACGCUGGGCGCCCAAGGGAACCAGCCUUUCCGUCCGCAAUCCCUGUCCAAGUAUUCCCGGCACUACAGCCCCGAGGACGGGCCAGGCCUCGAGGCCAAGCCCAUAGCUGCUUACAAAGUGGUGUCUCAGACCAACAGGCAGGCCAUAGCGGGCUCUGUCUCUGUGGUCCCGCUGUCCUCCAGGACUACGGAGCUGCCCGGCGCGGAUCCCUUCUCCUCGGCGCCCUUCCCUUCCAAAGCGGGGAAGCAGAAGCCUUAACGUGCUGGGGGCUGGGGCUGUGCUUCCUGCGGGACACCUCGCACAGCACCUCGGACCUCUGCGUCGAAAUGAAUGACACAGCAAUAUAUAUGUAUAAAAUAAUUAUUAUUUUUGGUCGGAACUCUCUUUGCAGUGAUAGGUAGUGGAACCGUUCUAAGUUAUGUUAGUCCCAGUGCCUGGCUCUCAGGAUCCUCAGAGCCUUUCUCACCUUCCUCCUCUCACUGUCUUCCCCCCAUUUAUUUUUUUAGAUGCUUUUCCAAACUAGUAGUAUUCCAUAUUUUCUGGUCCUGGCUAGAGAAAUGCAUUAUAAGAUGAAUUAAAAGGUUUAUUAAUUACAGAGCAAGUCAAGCAGGACUUGCUAAUGCUCUGGAAAGGACAUGAUUUCACAGGUUAAAGGCUUAUUGUGACUUCUUUGCUGUCAGUGCUAUUCCUGCUGCUCAGCAGCGGUGUGGCUGUGGCAGCUGUGGCUCUGGGUGGGUGUUGGGGUUGAUGUGCCCACCCAGGCAGACCCUGCAGUGCUCUCUGGGGCUAGGCUGUGCAGGGUGGUGGGAGCAGAGCUGUGGCUCUGCUCUCCCUGGGAUGGGACAUGUGGCAGGGGCCACACCAGUCAGGGAAGGACUCACAGUGCCUUCAGUAUUGGGAACUCCAGUGAGGCAAUCAGGCUGUUCCUGCUGCUGGAAAAUCGAAUUAUUGUGCAAACAAUCAGGCAAAGCUUUCACUUUUACACAUGUAUUUCCUGUUUGGUCUAUGCCAAAGUGUAGGACCCGGAAAUCUGCUCUUGGUGAAGGAGAGAUGUGUAUUUACAGUAUUAAAAAUAGACCUUUGGGGGAAAUUUAUGAUGCAAACAGCUCCAUAGCUGUGCUGAUGUACCUCACGUGGUGUGACUUGGCCCUGUUAGACAGGUUUGUACUGGCAGAGCUCGACUCAGAGUAAAUUCUGCCUUUUGUUUUCCUGUUGAUUAAGGAUGAACUUAAAUGAAAUCCAUUCGCUCUCCUUCCGAAGUAUUAUGUUUUCUAUCCCAGUCCCAAAGAGAAGGACAAGUACUUACUGUGUGAGCAGCCAGAGUGUUCAGAGGCAGAAUCCCCCGGGCAGGCACUGGGCAGGCCCAGAGCAGACUGUGCUCCCUGCUCUGCUCACUAGUGGAGGACAGAGAGGAGAGUGGAACCUCCCAUGUUUAUUUUGCAAAAUGCCUGGUUGCAGAAGUUGCCCUGGAUCUGCUGUUUCUGGCCUGCAAAGGUGCUUGUGAGAGUGGACUGGCUCUCAAAGACCUGGUUAUCAGGGCUCUGUGGGAUCCCAGUCCAAGCUCCCAGUCCAAGCUGGAGCCUUGUGCUGAGGGUAAAGGACACACUUUGUGUUUGGGGGUCUCCCAUGAGUGGGUUUGUGGUCUUUGGACGUUUGCAGGGGAAUUGUUGGAGCUGUGGGUUGAUCUCUGAGGUCAGGACUGGCUGUGUGCAGAGCAGGUUCCUCCCUCUCCACUUGCUGACGUGUUUGUACUCAGAGAGCAAGUCCUGUGAGUAGUGUCCCUCGAGUAGUGUCCCUUGGAGAGAGGGAAGGAUUAGCUGUAGCUCCUCCUGACUCACUGGAGUCACACCCUGGGGAGCUGCUGCAGCUGAAAAUAGACUUUGGUGUAGUUUGGAGAGGAAAAACCCUGAGACCACCUCCAGCACACGGCUCUGUCCGAGGUCCAAAUAAUAAGUGUUAUAGGAACACAGGGGGCACAGAAAAGAUGUGUGCAAAGGCUG